AUGAGAUUAUUUGAAAGGGUAGUUUAUAAACAGGAGAUUGCGUCUGCAUUCAAAUCCGUGAUCGGACGAGAUCAAUUUGCUUAUAAAGAGAGAACAAAUACUACCGAUGCUCUGAUUAUGUGUUUACAUCAUUGGCUCAAAUGUCUGGAUGAAGGUGCAGACUCUGUUAGGGUAAUAUCAUUUGACUAUAAGAAAGCGUUUGACUCGGUAUCUCAUAACAUUAUUUGUGAAAAAUUGAAAACACGGGAAAUUAACCCGUAUACUAUAAACUGGAUUAUUAGUUUUCUGGCCAACAGAAAGCAAAGAGUUGUUGUUGAUGGCAUAGAAACUGUUUAUGUUGAUAUUAACAAAGGCGUACCGCAGGGUACGGUUUUGGGUCCCUUUCUAUUUUCGUUGAUGGUUAAUGAUAUAAAACCCAUGGAUGCGCAAAACAACCUAUUGGUUAAAUUUGCUGAUGAUAUGACGACAAGUGUUCCAGUAAAAUCAGGAUCGGAUUCUGCUGAGGCUGAGGUGGAAAGCAUUCAGAAUUGGUCGGAAGCAAAUCAAAGGACAUUAAAUCUUUCUAAAGCGUGGGAAAUGGUUGUGCACGGUGGGUCUAUGAAACCGAUACCGGCACCGAUUGUAGGCAUUGAACGAAAGAGCUGGUUGAAAUUACUAGGUGUUACAUUUCAGGAAAAUCCAUGUUGCUGGGAUCUUCAUAUCGAUGAUCUUCUGUCGAAGGCUAGUGGGCGUAUGUACAUAUUGAGAGUGUGUAGAUGCUAUGGUUACUCUGCAGAUCAGCUAAGCAAACUAUUCGAUUCGCUAAUCAUGUCACUCUUUUACUAUUGCAUUGAAGUGUGGGGCUCUGCACUCCAAAAGAAAUAUUUGGAUCGUAUAGACGAUCGUAUAGAUCGAAGUUUUUCCGACGGGCUUAUCGUUAUGGAUAUACGACAAAGAGUAUUAAGAUAUCUGAAGUGA